GGGGCCGCGGCCGCGGAGAGGCGGGGGGAGACGGCGGAGGCAGCCCGGGGAAGGCGGCCGAGGGCUGCCCCGCCGCUCGGGCACGGCGGAGCCUCCGCCCCGCGGACAGAAGUUUGCUGCUGAAAGAGGAGGAAGAGGGGAAAAAAAAUAAUAAUAAUUAAAAAAAAUUAAUAAGAAUAAAAUAUUAAAAAAAAAAAAAAAAAAAAGGCAAGGAAGCGCCCUCUCCGCAGCUGCCCCGGAGGGAUGCGGCGAAGAACGGCCGGCGGGAGCCCGCGCUGCCCGGCCCGGUUGCGGGCAUGACCCGGGACCCGGGACCGGAGCGGGGCUGAGCCGGCAGCGGUGUGAGCCCUUCGCCCCGGGAGGGUCGGACCGGGGCGGCGGGGACGCCUCCCGCCCUGCCCAAACCUCCGCGCAUCCUCCGGCACCGCCUGCCCGGGCCCUACGGAGAGCCGUACCGAACCGUACCGAGCCGUACCGAGCCGAGUCGGUGUGAUCCGAGCCGUGCCGAGCGGUAGGAUGAGGGGCAUCCUCUACUUCUGCACGCUGAUCCUCCUCGAAGGUAUGGCGGAAGCUGUCAGCUCUAGCAGGGACUGCCUCCAAGCCGGUGAGUCCUGUACCAAUGACCCCAUCUGCAGCGCCAAAUUCAGGACCCUCCGGCAAUGCAUCGCAGGCAAUGGAGCCAACAAGCUGGGCCCCGAUGCCAAGAACCAGUGCCGGAGCACCGUGACGGCGCUGCUCUCCAGCCAGCUAUACGGCUGCAAGUGCAAGAGAGGCAUGAAAAAGGAGAAGCACUGCUUGAGUGUCUACUGGAGCAUCCACCACACGUUGAUGGAAGGCAUGAAUGUACUGGAGAGUUCCCCUUACGAGCCGUUCAUCAGAGGCUUUGAUUACGUCCGGCUGGCAUCCAUUACCGCAGGGUCUGAGAACGAGGUGACCCAAGUGAACCGGUGUCUGGACGCUGCCAAAGCCUGCAACGUGGACGAGAUGUGCCAGCGGCUGCGGACGGAGUACGUCUCCUUCUGCAUCCGACGUCUGGCCCGGGCCGACACCUGCAACCGCUCCAAGUGCCACAAGGCUCUGCGCAAGUUCUUCGACCGCGUGCCACCCGAGUACACCCACGAGCUCCUCUUCUGCCCCUGCGACGACACAGCCUGUGCCGAACGCCGGCGGCAGACCAUCGUUCCUGCCUGCUCCUACGAGUCCAAGGAGAAGCCCAACUGCCUGGCGCCUCUGGACUCCUGCCGGGAAAACUACGUCUGCAGGUCACGCUACGCAGAGUUCCAGUUUAAUUGCCAGCCGUCCCUGCAGGCUGCGAGCGGCUGCCAGAGGGACAGCUACGCUGCCUGUCUGCUGGCGUAUACAGGGAUCAUAGGCAGCCCCAUCACACCCAACUACAUUGACAACUCAACUUCCAGCAUAGCUCCCUGGUGCACGUGCAAUGCCAGCGGCAACAGGCAGGAAGAGUGUGAGAGCUUUCUGCACCUCUUCACCGACAAUAUCUGUCUCCAAAAUGCCAUUCUGGCCUUUGGCAAUGGGACCUACCUGAAUGCGGCUGUGGCCCCAUCCAUCCCCCCCACCACACAGAUGUACAAGCAGGAGCGAAAUGCCAACAGAGCCGUGGCAACCCUCAGAGAGAACAUCUUCGAGCACCUCCAGCCCACCAAGGUGGCUGGAGAGGAGAGGCUCCUGCGGGGCUCCACUCGUCUGUCAUCAGGGACCUCCAGCCCAGCAGCUCCCUCCCGCUGGGCAGCCUCUCCGCUGCAGAUGUGGCUUCUCCCCGCUCUUGCCGUGCUGAGCGUCUUCGUGAUGUGAAGCAGGGUGGGCGCACGCCAGGCAGAGACUCUCUUUGUGUUGGUUUCUUUACAAAACAACCAGACCAGUAACUUUUUUGGGGGGGGGGGGGGGAAGGAGGGGGGGAAGGAGGGAGGGGAUGGGAAGGAGAGGUGAACACGUGGGCAUGCCUUCCUCCUCCUCAUCCGUCCGCCAAUUUAUUUGAUUUUAUACAAUCAGCAUUGUCGACAACCAGCUCAUUCUUGGUCCUGGCCACCUUUCCACCCCACAGCUUGGUUGUUGUCUCUCCAGCUCUCUGCGGAUGGGGUCAGAGCCAUGGACAAUUUCCUUGGAAAAGGUGAAGGAGAGAGCUGAGCCAAGAAAUGAGAGCUGCAAAGGAAAUGCUUUUGCCUGCCCCAGCCAAGAGGUGAAAGACUUUUGAUGGAUGAGCUGUCAGGACGUUUCCUGAAGCCCUGACUCAUGUUGGGGGGCUCUUGACAGGACAUGUCAAGCGAUGUGGAGUUCGGACUGUCUCCAGGGCUGCUCGGGACCUGAAGGGCAGCCCACCUGGUUCAGACUGAAGAAACCAGAGCACUGGUGAGAAGGUGGUUGGUUUAGUUCACCGGAGAGGAUCCCGAAGCACCUCUGGGGUGGACCAAGUAACCACGCUACGAACUGGCUGGCGGGGAUUAUCCACCCGCUUGAAACCAUGGCCAGCGUGCAAACAGCAUGCAUCUCCAAGCUGUCACCUACCCCUUGGGCCCUCCUUUUUAGAGAAACGUAUGUCACGUAUUGAUGGUGUUCAGGAAGAAACACGUGUGUUGCGUUUUGUUUACAGCUGGCUUUCUUCGUGUCCCAACCCUAGCAUCUCUGUUCACUGGUCCUGUAAAAUGUUUGGGGUAGGUAUUUUUUUGUCACAUCCAAAUGACCAGAGGCCAAUAUCGUCCCACUCCAAGCUAACCUUUCUCCAUGAGGGAUGAAUGUGUGAGCCCAUGGGCAGGACUCGACGUGAGCCCAACGCAACCCAUUCUCACGUGCCACCUGUGCAUCUGCUGGUCUCGUAGAGAGGCAGAGGGUCUUCAAUCAGGCGAUUUCAUUAGUUUUCCUAGGAAGAGAUAGGAUAGAAAAGGUUUGCUAGAUACCACCCUGGGGACAGAAAUAUCCAGCCAAUUUGUGGAAAGGCCAAGUCAUGAAUCAUGUCACGCGUAGAGUGGAUUGCUACGGUAUCCCUCCUUGAAGAGCUGGCAGAGACAAUCACUUGUGUCCAGGUUAGCACGUGAAGGACGUUGCCUCCUGCCAAGUCCUAUUUACUCAGCCGAGAGGUCAUUUAAGCAAAGGCUGGUGAAGUGACCCAUUCAGCUGAGCUGCAACCAGAGCCCAGCUGGAGGGUGAGGACAAAUGUCUCUGUGGUCUCUCGGGGCACAGGGAGGCAGAUGCGUGACCUUGGGCUACCUGAGCGUUUGGGGGUCUUCCCUCGAGGAUGUGAGCUGAGGACUCGCAGUGCCUUCCUGGGGGGCUGAACUCCUCGCUAGAUCAAGUCAAGGUAAGGAAGGGUGAGGUUUCCCAGGAUAAAUGCUUACCCAGGCUGGCCGCCACAGGAGGCACAGGAAUAGCUCCAGAUUCUCUCUGAGUAUUUGCAACAGCCCAUUUAUUCCUUGGUUUGUGCUCCACCAAGCAGUAUCAUUAGUUCCUUAGUGUUUGGAACCAUAGAAAGGCUUAGCAGCAGCCGACGCAGCAAAGUCCAGCACUUUUUAUUCGCACUCCCUGCAGAACACCUUCCAUUGUUUAUUGCCCCAGAUUUUGCUGAGAAACUGCAGCACCUUUCUUGGGGUUUGGUCCAAUAUGAAACCACUCUUGUUUUCAGUUGAACACCCGUGGAUGUGUGAAACAUGCACAGAAAUCCUCCUGGCUGCAUCCUAUCCAAAGUUCUGCUCCUUGAGGUCCUCAGGGCUGUAGCACCUGGUUGUCCUAAUCCAGGGCCGUGCAAAGGAACACGUCAGGAUCCAAGUCUUGCGUGCAGGGUGCCAGGUCACACCCUGAACCAAAACUUGCAUGUGAGGUCUUCACUGCCAAGAGGCUCACCCAGAUCAGAAAAGCAGGCAGGGAGGUAGCGCGACAGGCAGGAAAGUCUCUUACCUCCCUUCAAAGUGCCAUGGCCGUGCACUGAGUUGCCGUGAACAUCUCCCCUUCAUCCAGGCCACUGGUGUCCUCUGAGAGACCGUGGAGCCAUCGGUGCACCAAGUGACACAACUACUAGCUGCAACUCUGCAAAACUUGUCUUCUCUGAGCCAUAGGUGAGAAAAGGGAUUAAACCCUGACGCUCAGCCCUUCAAAGGCAAGGAACUACCUCAACAUCAUGAGGUCAUGCUGUGAAUUGCCUUCUUCUGCCGCUUUCCUUUCGAGUCCUGUAGUCAUGCCCUCCUCUUCUACACAUCCCGCCCCGGCAAGGCUGUCUCCACCAGCCUUUAAUCUUGCACAGGCUGAGUCUCUGCGUAGGAUGGGCAUGCGAGUGUCAGCUGCUUUCCAGGAGUACCCACUCCUGCAGUCUCUCGUGGCUCCACUCCUGUGUCUCUUAUAACUCACCGGCGGUGACGUUGAAAUGCCACUUUGCCGUUUCCUUCCCUGAUUGACGGCCAGCAGAGUUAGACUUUUUCUAGGUGGUCAGGAUGACUGGCAACCCCACUUCAGCUCUCCCUUAGGACUGGUAUGCUGUGAAAAAUAGACGUGGAGAACCCUACUCAUAGACUAGAGGGGAUGGAGGAGACCUCCAGAGGUUACCUAGUCCAUUACCAUGCCCCACAGCAGGACCAAUGGUCUGAUUACACUUUCUGGCAGAUUUAUCUUAAAGGAUUUUUAGCAAUUUCAGAGAGAGACAUCAUCAUGUUCCCCUGGAUUUAUAUCUUGCUUAGGUUGUUAGUUGUCGCUAAGCAUCACAGGUCAACGAGACCCUGAAUUCCCAUUGCGGUGUCUUCUCAAGUCCUCAGUUUUGGAAGGAUGGCAGACCAACAGCCAAAAGGGAGGCUGUGGGAGGUGACAGCCAGCUCCCAUGGAUCAUAUCACAGAGGCAUUGCGUGAGAAGCUCAAAAACCAUGGCAGCGGUCUGCCGGGAUCCCUGUGAAAACUGCAGUGAGUUAGUGUAAAUGGGUGUCUGCUAGAGGGGCUUCCUCCCCAUGCCCUUGAUUGAGGGACCUCAAAAGCAUCAGCGGAGUUGAGGUUGCAGGUCUGAAGAUGCACUCCCUGUCCCCAGCCUUUGUCCCGUGCCGUGAGUUUGGAUACAGCAUCCUUCAGGUACUGUCCCACGCCAGGUCUGCGCUCCUGGGGGUUCCCCGCGGUCUGGGGAUGCUUCGGAAUGAAGUGAGUAAGGCACGGAGCAAGGAGCCUCUCGCCCAGCAGGAAAGAGCCAGGGCGUUGGGAUGGGCAGUCAUAUUACACAGAAUUAAAAGAAAAAAAAAAUAUCCCCAAACCUGCAUGACUUUUUCCUGAUCAUUUAAUCCUUUUUGCCAAUAUUUAAUAUGUCAAUUCUCCCUCCAAGCCUGUUCAUGAAUCAAACUUUGCAAAAAAAGGAUGGCUUUUGAGUAGUUCUUUUGGAGGAAGAAAACCCGAUGACGUUCCUCCCCACCCACAAACACAUGCGUGCACAGACCAUUUCUUUUCCCUUGUGAGAAGUCAGUAAUUUUUUUAAAUGGAAUUUCAUUUCUGUUGAACUCUGCGAAGCGAACCACGGAUCUUCAUUUUUAAGCCUCUUGACCAACCACCAAAGUCAUAGCAGCUGCUUGUAAAGGCAAAGGACUGACCGAGCCAAGAGAGAGAAAGGGAGACAAUUUUAUUUGGAAUUACUUCAUACCUGGGGACUUUCAUAAGCACAAAGAAGAGUCAUGGGAAAAAAAAAAAAAAAGGAAAAAAAAAAAAAAAAAAAAAGAAAAAAAGAACCAGUCAAACUUUCUGUAGCCACUGAACUCUAUUUUUUCGGCUGCUCAGCACCGUUCCCAGUGGUUUGGCAGUCCCGAAAGCCCGUGAAAUAUUGUGCAUGUACAAAUACCACAUCGUCAUCAAAGCAAGAACGUGAGCAGGGAGGGAGACACCGCGGCGGGGAGCCGGUGCUGGAGCAAUAACCCUGUAGGUAGCAGGGUGAUGGUAAAGGCUGCGUGCGUGUGUGCGUGCACGUAGGGGAGGAGGGUUGACGUCUGCCUGUACUACUGGGGUAUAACCUGUGCUUAUCUCUUCUGUACGUGCCAAUAUUCAAACAUAUCCAUGAAUAAAGCACACAUGCAUUUUCCUGA